UUGUUGUCACUAUCAAACCUAGGAGACAAAAUCAUCUGACAACAAAAGCAGCCCCACACAAAUAAGAGAAGCAAAAACUCGGCGAGUCGACCUCUUUCUUCCUCAAGUCUCAACUGCCGAUCCAUUUCUGAUUUUGAUGGCUUCUUUAACUUUGCCAUCGUCUUAUUCAACUUCCCUCUCUUCUUCCUCUACUUGUCUCUUCUCUUCUUCUUGCUCCUCUCUCAGACUCAGACACACAGCCUUCGUUACCAAACGAACCCGGCUUCCCAGCUACGUAGUAAAUUGUGAAAUCAAUAAGCCAGUGGAUGAGAAGCCUAUUAUUCCAAUUAUUAAUGACGAGACACUUUCAGCAUUCUUGCAAGCGAAACGCUUACAGAAUGCAGUUAAAAGUAACAGCACCAAGCUGAAGAUAUUUUCCGGAACUGCAAAUCCUUCACUUUCUCAGGAAACUGCUUGCAACAUGGGGCUUGAACUGGGAAAGAUCAACAUCAAGCGCUUUGCUGAUGGUGAAAUUUAUGUCCAGUUGCAGGAGAGUGUUCGAGGCUGUGAUGUUUUCUUGAUUCAGCCCACUUGCCCUCCAGCCAAUGAAAACCUCAUGGAGCUUUUGGUGAUGGUAGAUGCAUGCCGAAGGGCUUCAGCCAAAAGAAUCACCGCGGUGAUUCCAUAUUUUGGAUAUGCCAGAGCCGAUAGGAAGACACAAGGUCGUCAAUCCAUUGCUGCCAAAUUGGUUGCAAAUAUGAUAACGAAAGCAGGUGCAGAUCGUGUUCUUGCUUGUGAUAUUCACUCUGGGCAAUCCAUGGGCUAUUUUGACAUUCCAGUGGACCAUGUGUACUGUCAGCCUGUUAUCCUUGAUUACCUUGCUAGCAAGAAGAUUUGUUCCAAUGAUCUGGUGGUGGUCUCUCCUGAUGUUGGAGGAGUUGCUAGAGCACGUGCUUUUGCAAAAAAGUUAUCUGAUGCACCUUUAGCCAUUAUCGACAAAAGACGCCAGGGCCACAAUCUUGCUGAGGUAUUUUCAGAGCUGGAGUUUGCGAUUUCACACUUAAUACAGUUUUCAUCUCCUGUGGCAUUCGGUUUCUUAAUUUGAUAAAUAUAUGAGGUAGAUGUAUCCCAGUUACAUCAGUGUGCUUGGUAUUCCUUUUCCAGGUAAGUAUGGGAAAACAAAAUAGGUGAGACAAAACCUUUUCAUAGUCUGAUUUGGCUUGAGACCAAAGUGUUGGUCUUACACUUAUUAGAGAUGCCUGUACAAGCUGGGGUCUUUGGAGAGUUAGAAAGCCAGUGAAGAAAAUCUGGCUAAUGUUUCCUGCCGGUAUUUUUGUGGUGCAUAUGGAUAUAAAGAAAUCACAGGUGUUUUGUUGGA